CUGACAGGAACUGGAGACCUGGAAGUUGAUACGAGAAGGGAGGUCAACAAAGCUGUUCCUGCAGCUGCAAUUUGUUACUGAUAUCUUUGGAAUCUUGGAUCACUGCAGCUCAUCAUGUCUCGUGGGCGACUACCCCCACUGGUAACUGGCAUCUCUCCGAAUGAAGGGGUAGGCUGGACCAAGGUUACAAUCCGAGGGGAGAAUCUGGGCACUGGGCCAGCUGAUCUCAUAGGUUUAUCAAUUUGUGGACACAACUGCCUGCUGACUGCAGAAUGGAUGUCUGCCAGCAAGAUAGUGUGUCGAGUGGGGCCGGCAAAAAAUGACAAGGGAGAAAUUAUUGUCACCACCAAGUCAGGGGGAGAUGGCACUUCUACUGUCUCCUUUAAACUACUGAAGCCUGAGAAGAUAGGCAUUCUUGACCAGUCUGCAGUGUGGGUUGAUGAGAUGAACUACUAUGACAUGCGUACUGACAGAAACAAGGGGAUUUCUCCCUUGUCCCUGAGGCCGACCAACCCCCUCGGAAUUGACAUUGACAAAGGCAAAGUCCCCCAGAAGGAUCUUGAAGGGCUGUUUAAAAGCAUGAGCGGAGACUUUACCAGUGAAAACUUCUCAGCCACGUGGUACCUUAUUGAGAAUCAUUCCGCUACAAGCUUUGAUCAGCUUAAAACAGCAGCUAAUAACCUGAGGAAGCAAGCCAACAAGAAAAACGAAGGGAGCCUGGCAUACGUGAAAGGGGGCCUCAGUACAUUCUUUGAAGCACAAGAUGCUUUAUCAGCAAUCCAUCAAAGACUGGAAUUGGACGGGACUGAAAAGGUGGAGGGAUCCAUGACGCAGAAGCUGGAGAACGUUCUGAACAGAGCAAGUGUCACUGCAGAUACUUUAUUCCAAGAAGUGUUAGGACGCAAAGACAAAGCUGAUUCUACACGGAAUGCACUCAACGUUCUUCAGCGUUUCAAGUUUCUCUUUAAUCUUCCUCUUAAUAUUGAAAGGAACAUUCAAAAGGGUGAUUAUGAUGUAGUGAUCAAUGACUAUGAAAAGGCCAAGUCUCUCUUUGGGAACACUGAAGUUCAAGUGUUCAAGAAAGUUUAUGCUGAAGUGGAAACGAGGAUUGAUGCUUUGAGAAGUCUUCUGCUUGAUAAAUUGCUGGAGACCCCAUCCACCUUGCAUGACCAGAAGAGAUACAUAAGAUAUCUGUCCGAACUGCAGGCGCCUGGUGACCCAGCCUGGCAGUGCAUUGGGGCUCAACACAAGUGGAUCCUUCAGCUAAUGCAGAACUGCAAAGAAAAUGAUGUUAAAGGACAAAAAGGUAGUGGAAUGCUUCACAGCUCCAUGCUGGAUCUGGACAGUGACAUACGACCUUCUCCCAUCAGCCUCUUGAGUCAAAGUGCUUCACUGAAAAGAGGAAGCAGUUUUCAGUCAAGCCGAGAUGACACUUGGCGUUUCAAGGGUCCAAAACAAGUGACUUUUGUUGAAAACCUGACCGAAGUUGUCAUCAGCCAACUGCCAAAUUUCUGGAAGCUGUGGAUCUCUUAUGUGAAUGGGAGCCUAUUCAGCGAGACUGGAGAGAAAUCUGGUCAAGUCGAAAAGUCGAAGAAAAAUGCCAGGCAGAGACAAAAUGAUUUCAGGAAAAUGAUUCAAGAGGUGAUGCUUUCUUUGAUGAAACUAAUCCGAGGGGCACUUCUGCCAUUCAGCCUGAGUGAGGUGGAGCUGAAACAGUAUGGUGGAUGGGAGAUGAAAUCUGAGCUUUCAGGACAGUGGCUGACUCAAGUCAUUCACACUGUGAGAGUCAGUUAUGAAGCCCUGGCAGCCUUGGAAAUACCAAACGACCUUUUGCAAGUUAUGCAGGACCUGACUUUGGACCUGCGAGUACGCUGUCUUAUGGUCACACUGCAGCAGACAUCCGAAGAUGUUAAAAGACUGGCAGAAAAAGCAGAUUGGGUUGUGGACAAUGAGGGAGUUACAACCUUGCCGUCUCUGUUUGAACAUUGCAUAGUGCAGACCUUGGAGUCUCUUAAGGAGCCCAUGGAAUGUAAACCAGGAGAAGUUAAUAUUUUUCAGGAAGAAAGAACCCAGAAUCAAGUUUGUGAACUCUGUGUUGGAAUCAUGAAGGUGUUUAUAAACUGCUUGGAGCAGUUAAGUACCAAAACUGAUGGUGAUGUAGACACUUCACAUCUCUCAUCGGAUAUUGCAUCUCCUGAUCUGUUUAGCAACAUUCAUGAAGACUUCUCCCCAACACCAGAACAGAGACUGUUAAUAAUUCUUAGCAAUUGCCAAUACCUGGAGAAGCACACUUUUAUCAAUUUAGCUGAGCACUUUGAAAAGCAUGGUUUCCAUGGGUCAGAGAAAAUAACACGGAUGAGUGUGGAGUCUGUAAGAGACCUGGAUCAGAGACUGUUUGAGACCUACAUAGAGCUUAAAGCAGAUCCUAUCGUUGGGUCAUUGGAGCCUGGAAUAUAUGCAGGUUAUUUUGACUGGAAAGACUGCCUCCCUCCAACAGGUGUCAGAAACUAUUUGAAGGAAGCUUUGGUGAAUAUUAUUUCCGUACAUGCAGAGGUGUUCACAGUCUCUAAAGAGCUAGUUCCCAGAAUCCUGUCCCGAAUUGUGGACGCAGUUGCUGAAGAGAUGAGUCGCCUCAUGCAGUGUGUGUCGUCCUUCAGUAAGAAUGGAGCUCUACAGGCAAGGCUGGAACUUUGUGCCUUGCAGGAUGCUAUAGCUUCUUACCUCUCUUCUGAGGGCAGCCAGAGCUUCAAGCAAGCUCUGGAAGCCUUGCCACAGCUACACAGUGGAGCGGAUAAAAAGUUACUGGAAGAACUCUUGAACAAGUUUAAGAGCAGUAUGCAUUUGCAGCUAAACUGUUUCCAAGCCCCUUCUGUUUGCCCGAUAAAAACAUAAACCAGAGAGCCGGACCGGGCUGUGUUCACACCUUCACACGUGCUAAAAUUACAUUUCUAGUAAAAACAUUUUUGCUUAAAGUAUAUUUUAUUUGAGUUUAGAAUUAUGAAGAAUCUUAAUCUUUGAAUUCAUUAUCUCUUUGCAAUUGUGCAUUGUUUAAAUGUAUGUUUAGCAAGUGGUAGUUGUUAAAAAUCCAUCUUAUUUGUAGUAACUUUGUAGUAAUAUAACAAGAAAUAUUCAAACAUUACCAUAAUCAUUAUACUCCUGCACUUGUUUAUAUAAAAAACACAAAAUAAACAAUUUAUGGUUGCUUUAUUUAUGCUUAGUUUAAACAAACUGGCCAAUUGAAAAUAAUUGCCUGUAGCAGCAAUAUCUUAAUAUAGGCAACAAAAUCACGUUGCAGAGGCAUCCAUACAAAUGAAAUUGUGUAUCAAAUAGCUGAACUACACCAGUCACAUUUCCCCCUGUAAAAUGCUUUUCAGCAUUUUUUAGAAUAUACAAUGGUAGUUUAAUUUGUUUUUAAUGAAAAAAAUAACAUUCACAAAAUUAAAAACAACUUGUUAAAAUGAUGUAUAAUUUCUAAUGUGAGAACAAAAAAUGCUGUUGUGUACUACAGAUAAGCAAAUAAAAAUAAAAUGAACUUGAAAUUUGUAUUUUAUUUAGUAUAAAAAAAAUGUAAAUCUUACCUUAAUAUGAUCUACUGCACAUGAGGCUGGAAGAAGAAAAAUCCUAGACUUGUACUGUUCAAAUUGAUAUACAUUAACUUCCUUUAUAGGUAGUUAAACCAAUUGUAGAUUGUCGUGUUUGUCACAUAUACAAGAAGUGAUGUAACUUUCAUGAACAUUAAUAAU